AUGGGGGAGGGGGUGUUGGCCGACACACAAGAAGAAGGACGUGUGCUCUGUGAGGACCAACACACUGACCUUCUCCACGCCCUGUGUCUCCAGGUCACCCAGGUGCCCAUCGAGUCGUGUGAGCAGUACGGGACGUGUGGAGAGUGCCUGAGCUCCGGGGACCCCCACUGCGGCUGGUGUGUCCUGCACAACAUGUGUUCCCAGAGGAGCCGCUGCGAACGCGCCGAUGAGCCUUACCGAUUCGCCGCCGCUCUCAGCCAAUGUGUGAGGGCCACCGUCUACCCGGACAGCAUUGCCGUGUCAGAGCCCAGCGUGCCCCUGCUGGUCAGAGUGAGCGACGUCCCCGACCUGUCGGCCGGCAUCAGCUGCUCCUUCGGCAACCUGACGGAGUCGGAGGGCAAGGUCAGCGGGAACCAGAUCCUCUGUGUCUCCCCUGCCGCCAAGGACGUGCCCGCCAUCCCCGCCGACCAAGAUUGGUCCGGUGUGGAGCUGAGGCUCAACUCCAAGGAGACGGGUCAGAUGCUGAUCAGCACAGAGGUCAAAUUCUACAACUGUAGCGUCCACCAACUGUGUCUGUCAUGUGUGAACAGUGCCUUCCGCUGCCACUGGUGCAAGUACCGCAACCUGUGCACCCACGACCCGUCCAGCUGCUCCUUCCAGGAGGGACGAGUCAACGCCUCGGAGGACUGUCCUCAGCUGGUGCGCUCCGAGGACAUCCUGAUCCCGGCCGGGGAGGUGAAGCCCAUCACGCUGAAGGCCCGGAACCUGCCCCAGCCCCAGUCGGGCCAGCGCGGCUACGAGUGUGUGCUCCACAUCCAGGGGGUCAGCCACCGCGUCACCGCGCUGCGCUUCAACAGCUCCAGCGUGCAGUGCCAGAACAGCUCGUAUCUCUAUGAAGGCAUGAAGAUCAGUGAGCUGCCUGUGGAUUUCUCAGUGGUGUGGAGAAACUUUAUAAUCGAUAACCCAGAGAACAUCCAAGUGCACCUCUACAAGUGCGCGGCGCAGCGCGACAGCUGCGGCAUGUGUCUGAAGGCGGAGCGCAAGUUCCAGUGUGGCUGGUGCAGCGGCGAGGGACGGUGCACCCUCGGCACCCGCUGGCUGCACCUGGCCAGCAGGAACGUCAAGUGCACCAACCCCCGCAUCACCGAGGUGACGCCGGUGGCCGGACCUCCCGAGGGGGGGACGAGGGUGACCAUCCAUGGGAUGAAUCUGGGUCUGUCCUUCGCGGACAUGGUGGGCAACGUGGAGGUGGCCGGCGUGAGGUGUGCCCCAGUGGAGGAGGGCUACAUCAUCGCUGAACAGAUCGUGUGUGAGAUGGACCCCGCCCCGCCAGAGAGCCGGCCCGGACCCAUCCAGUUGUGUGUGGGGGAGUGCCGGCCAGAGCUGAAGACCCGCUCUUCUCAACUCUACUCUUUCGUGAUGCCCUCGGUCACAGGCCUUACUCCCAGCAGAGGUCCAGAGUCCGGCGGGACCAAAGUGACCAUCCUGGGGGACAACCUGGGGGCCGGCAGCAACGUCAGCGUGCAGUUUGGCAACCAGACCUGCGAGUUCUACGGCCGCACCAUGACGGAGAUCGUGUGCUACUCCGCCCCCUCCCAGGCGGGGGUGGGCCCGGUGCAGAUCAGCGUGAGCGUGGACCGCGCCCAGGUCCGGGAGAGCCUGAGCUUCGAGUACAUCGAGGACCCCACCGUGGCACGCAUCGAGCCUGAGUGGAGCAUCGCCAGUGGCCACACCCCCCUGACGGUGACCGGGACCAACCUGGACGUGGUCCAGGAGCCCCGCAUCCGGGUGAAGUACGGCGGCCGGGAGUCUGUCAACGUGUGCAAGGUGGUCAACAGCACCUGCAUGAGCUGCCUGGCCCCCUCCCUGAUGGGGGGACUACGCCCUGGCCCGGACACGGUGAAGCACGCCGACGAGUUUGGCUUCGUGUUCAACAACGUGCAGGCGCUGCUGGUGUACAACAGCACCAGCUUCCUCUACUACCCCAACCCCUACUUCGAGCCCCUCAGCUCCACCGGGGUCCUGGAGCAGAAGCCCGGCUCGCCCAUCAUCCUCAAGGGCAGGAACCUGGUGCCCCCCGCCACGGGCGGCGUGAAGCUGAACUACACGGUGCUGAUCGGGGACACGCCCUGCUCCGUCACCCUGUCAGAGAGCCAGCUGCUGUGUGAGCCCCCCAACCUGACGGGGCAGUACAAAGUGAUGGUCCAGGUGGGCGGUCUGCAUGUGUCGCCGGGCGCGGUCAACAUCCUGUCCGACAGCCUGCUCACGCUGCCGGCCAUCGUCAGCAUCGCGGCGGGCGGGGGCCUCCUCCUCAUCAUCGUCAUCCUCGUGCUCAUCGCCUACAAGCGCAAGUCCCGCUAGAACGACCUGACGCUGAAGCUGCAGAUGCAGAUGGACAACCUGGAGUCCCGUGUGGCCCUGGAGUGCAAAGAAGCCUUUGCGGAGCUUCAGACGGACAUCAACGAGUUGACCAGCGACCUGGACCGAGCCGGCAUCCCCCACCUCGACUACCGCACCUACGCCAUGAGGGUGCUUUUCCCUGGGAUAGAGGACCACCCCGUCCUACGAGAGCUGGAGGUACGGUAUCCAAGACAAGAGUCACACCCGCCGGCCAGAGAGAUAUAGAGAGAGAGAGAGAGAGAGAGAGAGAGAGAGAGAGAGAGAGAGAGAGAGAGAGAGAGAGAGAGAGAGAGAGAGAAAGAGAGAGAGAUUGGGUUCGAUCAGCUCCUACAAAGUGUCCCACCUCACGACAUAACCUCUGUGAGCUGCGCUCAGCCGAGGGAGAGAUGGAGAGCAAUGUGCCACUCAGUCUCUCCUAACCACACAUCACCUCAUCACCCCCCCCCCCCCCCCCCAG